CCGUCCAAUGGGAAGGCGCGUUGUUGGGUAGUGGGUGAGAAGCGCGAGCGGGUGACUGUCUGAGGGGGCGGGGGGCAAAAAAGAAGAAAGGCCGGUGAGGCGGCGGAGGAGAAGGAGGUGGUGAAGUGAAACGGUGGUUGGCUUUCGGCUCUCCGCCGCCAUGAGUUCGAUCGGCACGGGGUAUGACUUGUCGGCCUCUACAUUUUCUCCAGAUGGCAGAGUAUUUCAGGUAGAAUACGCUAUGAAAGCUGUGGAGAAUAGCAGUACAGCAAUUGGGAUACGGUGUAAAGAUGGUGUAGUCUUUGGUGUAGAAAAACUAGUUCUGUCCAAACUCUAUGAAGAAGGAUCCAAUAAACGUCUCUUUAAUGUUGAUCGACAUGUUGGAAUGGCAGUAGCAGGACUCCUGGCUGAUGCCCGAACUUUGGCUGACAUAGCAAGGGAAGAAGCUUCCAACUUUAGAUCCAACUAUGGUUAUAAUAUUCCACUGAAACAUCUUGCAGACAGAGUGGCUAUGUAUGUACAUGCCUACACAUUGUACAGUGCUGUCAGACCUUUUGGUUGCAGCUUCAUGUUGGGCUCCUAUGAUGAUGAUGAUGGCUCCCAGCUAUAUAUGAUUGACCCAUCAGGAGUUUCAUAUGGUUACUGGGGAUGUGCCAUUGGUAAAGCAAGGCAAGCGGCAAAGACAGAGAUUGAAAAGCUCCAGAUGAAAGGCAUGACUUGCCGUGAUGUUGUUAAAGAAGUUGCAAAAAUAAUCUACAUAGUCCAUGAUGAAGUAAAAGAUAAAGCUUUUGAACUUGAACUCAGUUGGGUUGGAGAAAUAACCAAUGGAAAACAUGAAAUUGUCCCGAAAAACGUUAAGGAAGAAGCAGAGAAAUAUGCUAAGGAAUCUCUGAAAGAAGAGGAUGAAUCAGAUGAUGAAAAUAUGUAACACAUUGUUACUGUAAAACAGACCUGUUUUAUGUAUUUGCCAUUAUGUUUGUGAUGGAAGACUCUUUUGAGUGACCAAGUUGCAUUAAAAAAAUGCCGAUUA